AGUAGCGUUGACAGUUCAGAACGUCAACUGAUGCAGUAGCGUUGACAGUUCAGAACGUCAACUAAUGCGACACCUUGACAGUUCAGAACGUCAGCUGAUGCAGUAGCGUUGACAGUUGAGAAGGAAAACCGCUACGGCUACACCCCUAAUCACAAGGAAUGUGAUAUCAAGUGUCAUCAUUGCGGUGGAGACCACGAAUCAACAAAUUUCAAAUGUCCAUAUAUAGAUGGUUUUCGUCAAGAAUUAAUUAAAAUAUUGAAAAAUAAUCCUCGUUUUUUUGCCAUCACGUGUCCAACUUUUUCUUCCUCAACGUUAUCGUGAUCAACAAGGAAAACGAACUAUAGGUGAUGGUCAAAGUUUCUCUUCCAAGGCGAAACAACAUGGGCAAUAUUAUGAGAACAAAAACAAUACGAAUGCACGGCCAUUUCUGAAUUCAAAUGCACCCCCACAUCAAAUAAAUUCAAAUCCAGAUUCAGUUUCAACAUUUAGUAUUGAACUUAAAAAACUACAGGACGAGUUUGAUAAAAUUAAAAAUGAGUAUGAAAUUAAAUUGCUCAAAACUAAAGAGAGUUAUGACAACCAAAUGAAACGAAUCGCUCAAGGAUGGCAGUUACUCAAUCUGCAGAUCAAGACUCAGGCGGAAGCAGUGAUAGAUGUGUAUACGGUGGUUUGUGAAAUAGUACCACCGAUAACUCAGUCGAUUCAGAUUGUUAACCAAGUACUUGAAAAAGUUAAUUGUAACGUAAACGAUGUUAAUGAAAGACAACAGAAUGAUCAAAUGUUAACUACAACAAAUUAUAUCAUUAACGCAUUAAAUGAUCGUCUUCAACUGUUAACUGAUCACCAUCAAAAGCUACAAGCAUUAAUGGUGAAACAAAAUGAUUUACUGUUGCAGGGUAUGAACUCUUUAGGUCAGUCCUUGAAUGAGUAA